AUGGGAAAAGAUAGCGGCGAAAUUUUACAGUUAUGUGAUGAAGCCGAAGGUUCUGAUUCGGAUUCAGAUAUUCAAAUACUUUACGAAGCUGACGCAAGCAAUGUAAUGCCUGAGCCAGACUCGGGUUUUUCUUUUUUCAUUGACACUUCUUGUACUGAUUCUUGCGAGAAAGAUUCUCCUUCAACUACUAGUAAUGGAAUUUUGAAUUCAUCGAAUAUUCUAUCUCAUUUGAUUGAAACUCCUUCAAGUGAUAGCACGCCAAAAAAUAAUAAUCGCAGAUCUGAUAGGGUAAUAUUAAUUUUUUAUUAA